AUGGUAUCAUUCGAUCAGACAACCGCUUGGAAUUUGUUCAGUUCUUACAAUGGAUCGAUUUUCGAAACUGCGGCGACCUCUCGCGCCCUGACCGCCGUAGUCGCUGGACUUGCCGUCCACCACCUAAUCCUGCGCAAAGGCGAAUGGCAUCUGAAGGCGCCCAUCAUCAUUGAAACCUGGCUAUGCUUUUUCCCAGUUCUCUACGAGACGCUUGUAAAAAUUGAUGGACCCGGAAGUAAAACGCGCAAGUCUGAUUUCUAUGACUUCUUGUGGCCCGCAGCUGGUCUAGUCAACUUCCGGGACGUUCCUUUCCAUGAUGCACGCCGCAGGAUCUGGAUGCAAGCUGUCUCUGCCAAGAACCUUCCUAUCUACGAGUCCCAGAUCGCUGACCAUGCAGAGAAAUGGGAAAAGCUCAUCGCAACUCAUGCUGCUAAAGCAAUCGUGGUCCCGUUCAGAGAUAUGGCAUACUGGUAUGCAUUCGACGUGAUGGGUAUGUUCAUGCUGUCUGAAUCCUUCGACAUGAUCAGCAGCAGCGGGAGCCAUUGGGCCGUCGACAAUCUCCGUCGUGCGAUGAAGAUUCUAGGGCCAUGCCAAAUGACGCCGUGGUUGGCACAGAUAGGCUUCAAGUAUCUGAAAGGAUAUUGGCUCGUGCGUGACUGGCACGCUACAGUGAACUGGUGCAGAGAGCGUCUGCAAGACCGUAUCAAAAACGACAACGGAGCCACGAAUAUCGCAUCUUAUUUGAUAUCUGACUCGAUUUGUAAUGACUCGGUAGAAAAAGACGAGAACCUUCUGACUGGCGAAGCAGUUGUUGGUAUCAUUGCAGGCAGUGAUACGACCGGCCCUACACUGACGAUGGUGUUUUAUCUGCUCGCCAAACAUCCCGAACAUCAGUCUAAACUAUACGAAGAGCUCCAGCAAAUCGAUGUCACAGACCGAGAGGCAUUGAAGAAAUUACCGCAUCUGAACGCCAUCAUUGAUGAAACUAUGCGCUGCUACCCUGCCAUCAUGACUGGAGGGAACAGGGACACUCCACCAGAAGGGAUGGCGAUAGCAGGACGUUUCAUCCCAGGUGACGUGACGAUUGUAUCACCACGUUAUAGUAUUUUUCGAUCUGAAAGAUGUUACAUCGACCCUCAUGAGUUCAUACCCGAGCGCUGGACCAGCAGACCCGACUUGGUCAAAGAUAGCCGGUCCUUUCGGCCAUUCGCAUCUGGACGAUAUUCAUGUGUUGGUAAAAGCCUAGCACUUACACAGCUUCGCGUAGUCACGGCCCUGUUCGUAUCCAAGUUCCACUUUGCCUUUGCUCCAGGGGAGGACCCGGAUUUGACCGUGAAGAGUAUGAAGGAUCAGUUCACUACAGCGCCUGGUCCGCUCAAGCUAGUAUUUGAGUCAAGGAAUUGA